ACAGCUGGCUUCAAAUUGAAUUCAUUUAGUUUCUUGGGCUGUGAGCAUGAUAUCUCUGUUUUUAGCCCUCAUAUACUAUUUGUUUAGUUAGCCAUUUUCCACAAAGCCAUGUCUCCUCUGCAUGUCUGAAAGAAAACAGGAACAUGUUCAGACAAAGAAAUAGAAACUGGUGAAAAUAGAGGCAGUUUGGGUGUUGUGGUGGUAUCUUUACCUGCAGUAUUUAUCAAUUUUUUAAAUAUUUCUUCAUCACACUGCUUUACUUAUUCUAUAGUGCUCAUCAAAAGUAGCCAGGAUCAUGUUGUUCCCGUGUGUAUGACCUUCAAUUGUGUGUUUGCAUUCCUGCUGCAUGCCUAAUUUUUUCUUUAUUAUUCCACCGAUUUAGGUCAAGUUUAUCCCCUAUGGAUGCAGUGAUACGCAGAUGCCCUUUCUUGACUGUUGUGCCCAGUGUUUUUCUCCACCAGGCUGGGAGGUCAUCUCUGGUUAGCUAUGCCCAGCAGUGCCCUGUGAGGAUGGACCUGGCCUCCCGACCACUGGCCAGAGCCCUGUCCACAUCAGCUUUUAAAUCCAAGGGCACUAAAACAAACAAUGAGAUGGUGCAGAAAAACAACAAUGUGAUAAGAGAAGCCAGGUUGGAACUGAAAGAGGAUGUCCAGGAGAUGCACUCUUACUGGACUGAGAAGACUGGUGUAGAUGGAUCAGUUGAGGGUCUUGUUGAAGUAAACAAAGUCAAUGCAGGGGCUUCUAAAAAUCUUCCCAAACCUACAUCUUCCAAAGCAUCUCACCUGGUAAAGGACAAUCUACCUAUAGUUGCCACGUUUCAGUAUGACACAUAUUUUGAAAAGAAAAUUGACAGCAAGAAAACAGAUCACACAUACAGAGUUUUUAAGACGGUGAACCGCAGAGCUGCCUCGUUUCCCAUGGCAGACGACUACUCAGAGUCUCUUCAAGCAAAGAAAAAGGUGUCAGUGUGGUGCAGCAACGACUACCUUGGUAUGAGUCGUCACCCCAAAGUCACCAAGGUUAUCAUUGAUACUGUACGAAAGCAUGGGGUUGGUGCAGGGGGAACACGAAACAUCUCAGGAACAAGUAAAUUCCAUGUGGAACUUGAAUAUGAGCUAGCUGACCUGCAUGACAAGGAUGCAGCAUUGCUCUUCACUUCCUGCUUUGUUGCUAAUGACUCCACAUUAUUUACUCUGGCAAAAAUGCUCCCAGGCUGUGAAAUCUACUCUGAUGCUGGUAACCACGCCUCAAUGAUUCAGGGUAUAAGAAACAGUGGGGUCAAAAAGUUUAUUUUCCGUCACAAUGAUGUCAGCCACCUACAAGAGCUGCUUGAGAAGUCAGAUCCAUCCACUCCAAAGAUUGUUGCUUUUGAGACAGUACAUUCAAUGGAUGGCGCUGUGUGUCCUCUUGAAGAGAUGUGUGAUAUUGCCCACAAGUUUGGUGCAAUUACCUUUGUAGAUGAAGUGCAUGCUGUGGGUCUUUAUGGGCCCAGAGGAGGAGGGAUUGGAGACAGAGAUAAAGUCAUGAACAAAAUGGAUAUCAUCUCUGGUACCCUAAGCAAGGCAUUUGGCUGUGUGGGUGGCUACAUCACCAGUACAAACGCUUUGGUGGACACAGUGCGCUCAUAUGCUGCAGGCUUCAUCUUCACCACAUCCUUGCCCCCCAUGCUUCUGGCUGGGGCAAAGGAAUCCAUUAAGAUCCUGAAGAGUGAAGAGGGCCAGAUGCUCAGGAGGAAACAUCAGAGGAGUGUCAAGCUGCUCCGGCAGUUGCUGAUAGAUGCUGAACUUCCAGUGGUUCACUGCCCGAGCCACAUCAUCCCCAUUCGAGUGGCAGAUGCGAUGAAGAACACUGACAUUUGUGAUAUCAUGAUGUCUCGUUAUAACAUAUACGUUCAGGCUAUCAACUACCCUACCGUAGCUAAAGGAGAAGAACUACUGCGCGUUGCCCCAUCACCUCAUCACACUCCCCAGAUGAUGUACUACUUUGUUGAUCGACUGGUGAAGACGUGGAAGGAGGUGGGAUUGAAGCUGAGGCCGCACUCCUCAGCAGAGUGCAGCUUCUGCCAGCAACCUCUUCACUUUGAGCUCAUGAGUGAGAGAGAGAAGUCUUUCUUCAAAGGUCUCAGUCACCCGAUAUCAGCAGUAGCCUGAUAUGUAGAAACACCAGAUGUACUCAUAUUUAUUUUAUUUAAAUGUAUCCCUGCAGGCCAAGCAUUUGUAUAUGGUGGAAGUGUGUUCAAAUGUCAUUAAAAUAUUUUUGUUCAGAAAUUGUUUCUUAUGUGUAAAAUGUGAAUUCCAGUCCAGUAAUGAGCAAAUAUUGAAUGUAGAGUAUUUACUUUACAAAGAUCCUGUAUGGAGCUAUGUGUGGCACAGAUUAUGUAUCACGUUAGUUAAACACUAUUUUUAAAGGCUUAAGAUCAAUAAAUGAAUGCUCAUUAUACAUCAAAAUAUUGUACUCUUGGUCAUUAAAAUGUUAAGUUCUCAUUCAUUUAGAUGUUGAAUUAAUAUUAUGUAUACAUAUGGUGGGUUUGGAUCUUAGCAGUGUUGAGUUUACACUUUUUUUUUCGUGUGCGGGUUUUCCCCAUAUGCCAACAUGUCUCUCAUUUUGUAGCAGUUGGAUUUGGCCCAAGCUAUAGCAUAAGGAUUCACACUUUAAAUUCAUAGGUGAAAAGGACAAGAUUAUGAAAGUGAAAUGUGACUGGGUGAUGAUUAGUGACUAUCAAUUUAUGAGUUCUACUUCAAACUUGAAGAUGCACUUGAAAGUUUAACAGAGUUUCAUGGCAUUGGUUGCAAGUCCCAGUGGAGAGGAGAAUGAUGUAUGAGCAUUGCUUCUAGUUUGGGUAGCGGUUUCAGUCUGAGGGAAAUCAAUAAGCUGUACAAAAGGCCACACAACUGAUG